GGUCACACUGGUUAACUGCAAAAUAAUAAACACAUCUUUUAUUUGCGUUCUAAAGUUCCUUUAAUUUGCGUUCGUGCUUUCGUUUCGUAUAGUUUUUGUUCGCACAGUUUUUCGAUCAGCUUCUGUUGUUAUUUUGCACCUCCUCAACACAACGCCAGUGAAAGCACAAGGAAGUCGCUGCUGACUGCGCAGCUUUCUUUGUUGUUGCGGGCAGGAACACAUGUGCGCGCAGUAAGAGGAAGAACCAUAACAUCACGUCUCUCGAAUCAUCCGUUCGGCCGCACUCCCAGAAAUGUCGCACCUCGACAACAUAUUCAUCCAGGUUCGGGCACGCCUCCAGUCCGAGGGCGUCAAGCUGUGGGAGGAGCCGUACUACUCCGAGGAUCUUGGCAGCGUAGAGGGCGCCCUGGAGAACCUGGCCAAGGAGUACUCCAACAUCAUGGGCUUCGAGAUGUGUCGCUGCAAGUUUAUCCUGACGGAGCUGCAGGAGAACGCGCUCCGCAAGCUGGCCGCUCGCCGGGAGUACAGCUCCACCGGAGUGGCCACGUUCAAGGUUCGCCGCAUUGACAAGCACAGCGGCGCCACCAUGGUGGACAUCAAGUGCGACCUCAACGCCCUGGGCUCCGACCUGCAGGCGGCCAUAGCCGAGAAGCUCCAGCUGCCGAAUGCCGAGCAUGUGAAGUGCAUCGCCGCCGGAAGAGUGGUGUCCAGCAAUGCCUCCUUGGCUGAUCAGCUGCUGAGGAACAACCAGCAGCUGAUUGUGAUCGUGGGCGAUGGAGAUAAUAGCGGCGAAGCCCUGUACGAGCGGAUCAAUCGCAUCAAGGCCGAUGUCCAGGCAGUGGUGUCCUCCCAGAACCGUCUCAUUGAGAUGGAGGACCAGAACGGCAGUCCCGUCUUUCUGCCACCGGCCGAGAACCGCGCCCUGCUCAUCGGCCUGGGAUUCAGCGAGAAGGCCCAUGCUGCAAUGCUUCGCGAGGAUUACGAGGAGGCUCUGCUCCUGCUCUUGGAGGCCGACCAGUCUUUCGCCACCUGCGACUCGCAGUUCCUCGAGUCGGUCGACAACUAUGCCUUGCUCAACCUGGACAUAGUUUGGUGCUAUCUCUGCCUAAAGAACGUGACCCAACUGCCGGAUGCCGACCGUCGGCUGGCCAUCUGCGGCCGCAAUUUCCGUCGCAGCUAUGGCGAGAAUUUCGAGCGACUGUACUCCAUGAAAGGCAAGGCCUGCCCGGAAAGGGCUUUGAUAAUGCGACUGCAGCUGCUCCAGGGCGUGGUGAUGUUCCACCAGAAUCGACGCGAUGAGGCCUUCGAGCGCUUCGAAGCGGCCAAUUCCCUGUUGAGGGAGCUCAAGAUCAACGGCGAUCAACUGGCUCUCCUCGUCGAGAUGGGGUUCGAGCCCGCCGAGGCGCGGCUGGCCCUGCGUUCCUGUUCGGGCGUAAACAAAAUUGAGCUGGCUGUGCAGUUCAUCCAGGAGCGUCGUCGGCAGCUCAAGGAUGCCCGCAAGCAGUCCAAGGCUGAGCGUGCUCUGCAGCGCCGCCUGAUGCGAUCCAAUGCCAAUGAUAGCGAGUGGGUGAAUCCCCGCAGCGUGUGCACCCUAACCGAAAUGGGAUUCGAUGGCGGACUAGCUACCGUCGCCUUGCAGCGCUGCAAAAAUGAUCUACCAAAAGCGUUGGAACUGCUGCAGACUGAGGCCGACGUGCUGCGUGCUGCCUUGCCCCGAAAUCGGGUCCCCAGCGACCAGGACAAGCUCAACCAGCUCCUCCAGCUGGGCUUCAAGGAGGACAACUCGCGCGUGGCCCUCGAGAACGCAUCGAAUAACAUUGAGCGGGCCAUCGAAAGCCUGCUGCGCGCCUUCCAGAGUGAGGAUGAGCUGAAGGAGACUCUGGAGCGCGUUAGCCGUAUGGCCGGAAUCGAGGGUCAGAAUUGGGAUGGUCCCUCCACCUCACGUGCCCCCACUGCUCCACCGUCGCCUCUCAUCGAGGCGGUUCUGAAGCACGCGCGCUCUGAGAUAGAGACCUACAAGGCGUACGAGCGCUUCAACGCCGACAUCAGUCAGAACGACAUGGACUACCUGGACUUGCCUUUGGUCCAGGAGGAGAAGGUCCUGCAUGAAUAUCUCAAUUUGUUGCAGCAGUAAGAUGCACUAGCCUUAUCUUUGCAAUAUGCCGACAGAAAAUAGGAAAACGAAAACCGGUUGUGGACAUAACUGUAAUCAUGACUUGUUUAUAUUGCAAAUCGCAGUCUUAUAAUGGCACUUAAGUGGCAUUCAGUCGGCUCCCGCCACCCCCCGCCACCCCCUCCUGGCCGUUGUUUGUCCAACUCGGCAAAUAGUAACAUAUAAAGAUUUAUAAGUACAUGCCUGCCCCUUCUAUUGACAACUGCGAAAUGUAAUUACGCCGGACCGGCGGCAGAAUCUACCUUUCUGAGCCACCUGAAACUUGUUAGCGCCUCUGGCAGUUACUUAUUUUUAUUUUUAUUUUUUGUCGCUUGACUCUCGACCCCGGCUCGAACGGCGGCGCUUGAUUGGCUCCAGUCGUGACCUUGUCGGGGCCAAAGGGCGCCGCCCACUAAGCUCAUCUCCUCAACGAAUUGAACGCAAUUCACCCGGUCUUCUAUGGAAACAAUCAGCUUCGCAAAGCCAUUUUGUUAAAUAUUUUUAUAGAACUAAGAGCCACGGCUUGAAGACCAAAGGAAGCGGCACCCUAUUACCCAAAAAUCAUUUUAGCCCUAAAGUUGACAUACUGUUUUAUACGGGUUUUCAAUGGGGAUUUUUAUAACCCGUGCAGUAAAUUGGAAUUUUGGUUUUGUUUACGUUUUUAUUUGUUUCUAUUUUUUCCAUUUUUAUAUAAAGUUAUUCAAGUGUGAAAGGGAAAAUCAAAGGGGGGAAGUUGUAUUUAGAUAUUUCUAUUUGAAGUGAAAAAAUCAGAUGUAAACAGGUCGUUCGCUCAAAUACUUUAUACUUUUCAGAUAUGUGAUAUAAGUAAACAUCGAUGUUCAUGAAUAAAGCCCGAUUUCAUUUUGAUAAAA